AUGGUCGGCUCGAUACCAAACGACAUCUUCCAGUUCUCCACUUACUCAGCCCUCAACGCCGGCUUCAACCAAGGUCAACCACGGACCGCAGACCUGACUUCCCAUGGCACUGAUGGCAUUGGUGUCUAUGAGGAUGGAAGUCUUAUGAUUCUGAAAGACCGACAAGCAUACGCACUCACCAAAGAUGGCAAAGCAAAACCAGCGCCCAUGAACGCACGUCUCCCUCUCGCGUUAGUUACAGUCUACCAACCAAGUUUCCGCCUGAAGAUUCCGUCGAUUUCAUUGGAAGCCUUCGACGAGCUCGUCUCGUCCAAUGAUGUGGGUCCAGCCAAAGGUGUCAACACUCUCAUGCCCUUUAAGAUCGCCGGUCAUUUCGAUUCAAUAGAGUUUGAAGAUGGGCCCAGCAGGAGCGCAAUCGAUGGCACGAUAUUUGGUUAUGUGGUACCAGCUUGGAUGAAGGCUAUUAGUGGACCGCGGAUUCAUGCACAUUUCUUGGAUGCCAGUGAAGAGGUUGGAGGGAAGAUCACGGAUUUUAUGAUGGCCGAGGAAGCUGUGUUGAGUUUUGCCAAAUGUGGAAGGUUUCACCUGGGUUUCCCACAGGGUGAAGAGUGGGAGGAAAUAAAGUUGUAA